GAGAUUUUCCAAUAUAUACUUCACUGUUAAGAUAAAAAUUACAUUGAUCUAUAGCUUUAUUUUCGUCUCAUCACGUGAUACUUAAGGCCUUCUGUACACGUGAACACGCAAACUAGUUACCAGUUACUCGCUCUUUAUUAUAAUGAAGUACUACCUAUAUUUUCUUUUAAAAAUGUCAAAGUAUUAACGGGUGAAUGAAUAAUUCAAUCGCCGUUAUCUUUAUGGGUUUGCGCUUGGACUAAUACAUGUGACCGUGACGUAAUUCAGCAUAUCCUAUUGGCUGCAAGUUAGAACAUAAGGCACGUGGAAGACACGACCCACUCACACCAUGUGUUGGACGGAGAGUGCACUUUCAACAUGGCAGCUAGUCAGGCAGCCAAUACAUCUCGCUUACUGUACGCUCUGGUGCUGUUACUCUACGUAGGACUGAUAAUCAAUGCAUAUUUUACAAUAAGGAUUUACACGUCAUUAAAACACGAAUGUGAAACUGUUAAUCACAUAAUAGAAGAUGAUAAUUCGCAUAAGAGAGCCAAGAGAGAUGCUGCAAUUGAUGUAUCGCCAUCGGAUGAAUCGCUGCUGCUAACAUCCUAUUCCAAGUUAUCUUUUACAGCUUUUAAAGAAUUCUGUCUGGAAAUAAGGAAUAGUUGCCCUUUGGGUUCACCUGGUCCACCAGGUCAUCCUGGACAAAAGGGAGAUCCUGGAGAUAGAGGACUUCCAGGUCCUAUGGGACCACGUGGCUUACCUGGAUUACCAGGGACUGAAAGAAUUGAAAUUCCUUAUCGAGAAUACGAAUCGGAUCGAAUGAUUAACGACGAUCCAUUACCAUUCCACAAAAGAAAAAACGUUGCUCCGAGCAUCAUAAAUAACGAAGAGUUCUACGUUGUAGAAGAAGGUAAUCAUCUUACAUUAACCUGUACAGCUGAUGGUGUACCCAAACCUGAUAUCACGUGGAGCAGAGGUGAUUCUGAAAGGUUUCACUCCCCUCAUUUAAAAUCCGUUCGAGGCACUCAACUGCACUUAAGAAACGUGAAAAGAUGGGAUGCUGGUACUUACGUGUGCAUGGCAUCAAACGGUGUAGCCAUGCCAGCUUACAAAACAUAUCAAGUGGAAGUUAUAUUUCCACCUCGUGUGAGAGUGACAAAGACAGUUUACGCAUCAAUCGGCGAAGGAGCAGUGUUGCAUUGUUGGGUAGAAGGAUACCCAAAACCUCUGACCAUGUGGAUGCGUGACGGAAAUCACGUACUGGAAAGUGGCAGCGAGUAUAAAAUUACAGAAACGUGGAAGGAUUACAGCUAUCACGUGGCUCUCAACAUCACUUCAGUACAGAGCAAAGACUACGGAGUUUACAGAUGCAGUAGCGUUAACGAAAAGGGUAAAUCCCAAGCUAGAGCUAUUUUAAAAGACUCAGAAACUGAUACUUCAAAUCCUGGAAACUAUACAGAUAUAUCUUCUGUUAGGUACGACGGUACAUCAACCUGGAAACACAGGACGGAUGAUAAAGGUUGCUUACUAAGUCAAGUGGGUAAACCAGUCUUUUAUCGUUACACACCAGUAGAAUGGGGUACGUGGAUGCAGGACACAUACCCCAGAACAUCCCAAGAUUCACAGAAACUGUGGAUGACCAUAGACACCGAUCCGGAUCUUCUCUACGAAUAUUCAGACAAGGAGGCAUUUCGUAAGGACAACUGCACUAAGAAGUACACCCUCCCAUACAAAUUUGUGGGAAACGGUCAGGUGAUCCACAAUGGAUCCUUCUAUUACCACAGAGAGAACACCAACCAACUGAUUAAAUUCGAAUUGCAAAGUGGUACCAUAACCAUCUCGUCGAUACCUGAUGCAUCACACCAACCGGAUCAAUUUCUAUAUUCCACGCGCCAUAACUUUAUGGAUGUAGGCGUGGAUGAAAACGGAAUGUGGCUAGUGUAUUCGAAUUUACACAACACGAAUACAAUGGUGAGGAAACUGAAUCCCGAUACCCUAAAUACCGAAGGUGUUUGGAACAUCAGUCUGGAUCACAGGCACGCUGGGGAGAUGUUUGUAGUUUGUGGUGUGUUGUAUGUAGUUCAGAGUGCCACAGAAUGGAAAUCUCACAUAGCAUCGGCGUACGAUCUUUAUGGAAACCAAAUGGUCCAUGUUAGUUUAGAUUUCACCAACCCGUUCCGACAGAACACCAUGAUUUCCUAUAAUCCAAGAUACGCUUUCAUAUACACAUGGGAUAAAGGAAACCAAUUAAUUUAUCCGGUGCGAUUUGUUAAUCCAAUUAUUAAAAAUUAACCCACCCCCCUUCGUGAUAUUUUUCUCUUCAUAACCGUAUUUUUAUGAAGUUCAGAACUCAAAUAUAUAUAUACAUAUAUAUGAGAAAAAAAUUAAUAUAAAGAUAAAUUUAUAUUGGGCACACUCGCACUUUUAUAAUUUUAAAUUUUAAAAUAAUAAAAAUAAUAUAAUAAUAAUAAUAUAAAAUAUAAAUAAAAAUCAAGUUGAAUAAUGAUUUCUUUCCUUUAAACUAUUCGUUCGUACCGAGUAAAGAUGUGAAUCGUGGAGGAAGUGAUGCGGAAGAGCAACUGGAUAACUAUGUUCUUCCGCAUCAUUAAGGACUCUUUAAAGUUUAAAUUUCGAAUUAGAAAGUUUCAAAUAGAAUAAAAUGGUAUUUUGUCUAAGAACAAUUUGUUAAAAUAAGAUUUUAGAAUUUUUGUUUCCCGUUUUCUUUACUAACAACACGCAUCAAAUGCAUGGUCCAUCUUUAAAUCUGAUAUAAUGAGCGAGUGAAGACUUUUUACUGAAAGAGAAAAAAUAUAUAUAUAAUAGUGAAUAGUGGACAACGUACACUAAAUUGUGUAAUUUUAUUGAAAAUAAAUG